AUGUCUCAAGCACCGCGCGAUCCCCUAACGGCCCGCACGCUGUUCAUCAAGAACCUCAACUUCAACAUCACGGGCGCGGACCUGUACGACCUCUUUGGCAAGUACGGCCCCAUUCGGCAGGUGCGCGUCGGCACGUCGUCCGAUCUCAAGACCAAGGGCACAGCGUACGUCGUGUACGAAAGCCCCGACGAUGCCAAGGAGGCCAUCAACCACCUGAACGGUUUCCACCUCAUGGAGCGGUACAUUGUCGUCCUCUAUCACCAGCCAUCAAAACAGCAGGCGUCGCAGUUGGCCAAGGCCGAGAUCCGCGCGCGCGAGCAGGAGCUCGCAGCGGAGAAGAUCCGUUUGGGCAUGACGUAG